AUGAAGGAGGAGCGGUUCAGGCAGCUCUUCACCGCCUUCGGCACGCUGACCGACUGCAGCCUCAAAUUCACCAAAGAUGGCAAGUUCCGCAAGUUUGGCUUCAUCGGUUUCAAGUCCGAGGAGGAGGCACAGACCGCGCUGAACCACUUCAACAAGAGUUUUAUCGACACGUCCCGGAUCACAGUAGAGUUCUGCAAGUCCUUUGGGGACCCAACAAAGCCCCGAGCCUGGAGCAAACAUGCCCAGAAACCAAGGCAGCCCGAGCAGCCCUCACAAGGCUCCGUCCCCCCGGAAAUUAAGAAGGAUGACAAGAAGAAAAAGGCCCCACGUGAACUGGAGCAGCUGAAGGAAGACACCGAGUUCCAGGAGUUCCUGUCGGUUCACCAGAAGCGGACACAGGUGGCCACUUGGGCAAAUGAUGCCCUGGACACUGAGCUCCCCAAAGGGAAGAGAAAGCCGACCAGUGACUACCUGAACUUUGACUCCGAUUCUGGGCAGGAGAGUGAGGAGGAGGCUGCCAAGGAGGAGCCGGGAGCAGAACAAGGCCUGGAAGCUAAGGUGGCUGCCCAGCAGGGACUGUCAGACAUGGAGUAUCUGAAGUCCAAGGUGGUGGCAGCCGAGUCCUCUUCCUCAGAGGAGGAGGAAAGUGAGGACGAAGCCGUAAACUGUGAUGGAGGCAGCGAGGAAGAGGAGUCCCCUGCUGCCCCCGACCAGCCGGAGCGAGGGAGCCCAGGGGCCCUGCCUGGGAGGGGGAGGCCGCAGGAGCCCGGAGCCCAGACAGAGAAACCAGCAAACCAGAAGGAACCCACCACGGCCCACACCGUGAAGCUACGGGGAGCCCCGUUCAGUGUCACAGAGAAAAAUGUCCUGGAAUUCCUGGCGCCCCUGAAACCAGUGGCCAUUCGAAUAGUGAGAAAUUCGCACGGGAACAAGACAGGGUACGUCUUCGUGGAUUUCAGCAGCGAAGAGGAGGUGAAGAGAGCCCUGAAGUGCAACCGGGAGUACAUGGGUGGACGCUACAUCGAGGUGUUCAGGGAGAAGCAAGUCCCCACAACCAAGGGGCCCCUACAGAAGAGCACACAGCCCUGGCAAGGCCGGACAAUAGGGGAGAAUGAAGAGGAGGAGGACCUGGCCGACUCUGGAAGACUUUUUGUGCGUAACCUGCCCUACACGAGCACCGAGGAGGACCUGGAGAAGCUCUUCUCCAACUACGGUCCCCUGUCGGAGCUCCACUACCCCAUCGACAGCCUGACCAAGAAGCCCAAGGGCUUCGCCUUUGUCACCUUCAUGUUCCCUGAGCACGCGGUGAAGGCCUAUGCGGCUGUGGACGGACAGGUGUUCCAGGGCAGGAUGCUGCACGUGCUGCCCUCCACCAUCAGGAAGGAAGCCAGUGAGGACGCGGACAUCCCCGGCUCGUCCUACAAGAAGAAGAAGGCAUCUGAGGACAAAGCCCGCAGCUCCAGCUCCCACAACUGGAACACACUGUUCAUGGGGCCCAAUGCCGUGGCCGAUGCCAUCGCGCAGAAGUACAGUGCCACCAAGAGCCAAGUGUUCGACCACGAGACCAAGGGCAGUGUAGCCGUGCGCGUGGCCCUCGGGGAGACUCAGCUGGUCCAAGAAGUGCGGCGCUUCCUCAUCGACAACGGAGUCAGCCUGGACAGUUUCAGCCAGGCGGCAGCAGAACGAAGCAAGACUGUGAUUCUCGCCAAGAACCUCCCGGCAGGCACCCUGGCGGCUGAGCUGCAGGAGACCUUCGGCCGUUUCGGGAGCCUGGGCCGCGUGCUGCUGCCCGAGGGUGGCAUCACUGCCAUCGUGGAGUUCCUGGAGCCCCUGGAGGCCCGCAAGGCCUUCCGACACCUGGCGUAUUCCAAGUUCCACCAUGUCCCCCUGUAUCUGGAGUGGGCUCCAGUUGGCGUCUUCUCCAGCACAGCCCCUCAGGGGAAAGAACCUCAAAAAGUAUCUGCGGAAAAGAACAUGGUGGAGCCAGAAACCGUGACUGAUGGUGAGGCCCCAGACGGUGAGAAGCCAGCGGAGGAAGGAGCAGAGGCCCCCACAGCCAAGACAGAAGAAGAGGAAGAGGAGGACGAGGAGAGCCUUCCCGGGUGCACUCUGUUCAUUAAAAACCUCAACUUCAGCACCACGGAGGAGACACUGCAGCAAGUGUUCUCCAAAGUGGGGGCCGUGAGGAGCUGCUCCGUCUCCAGGAAGAAGAACACAGCAGGGGUGCUGCUUUCCAUGGGGUUUGGAUUUGUGGAGUACCGGAAGCCGGAGCAAGCCCAGAGAGCCCUCAAACAGCUGCAGGGUCACAUCGUGGACGGCCACAAGGUGGAAGUGCGGAUCUCAGAACGAGCCACCAAGCCAGCCCUGAACUCUGCCCGGAAGAAGCAGCUUCCCCGGAAGCAGACCUCAUCCAAGAUCCUGGUGCGGAACAUCCCCUUCCAGGCUGACCGCAGGGAGAUCCGCGAGCUCUUCAGCACCUUCGGAGAGCUGAAGACGGUCCGCUUGCCCAAGAAGAUGACCGGGACAGGCACGCACAGGGGCUUCGGCUUUGUGGACUUCCUUACAAAGCAGGAUGCCAAGAGAGCCUUCAAUGCCCUGUGUCACAGCACCCACUUGUACGGCCGAAGGCUAGUCCUGGAGUGGGCAGACUCCGAGGUGACCCUGCAGGCCCUGCGGCGGAAGACGGCCGAGCACUUCCACGAGCCCCCGAAGAAGAAGCGGUCUGUGGUGUUGGACGGGAUCCUGGAGCAGCUGGAGGACAGUGACCGUGACGGCGAGGAGCAGACACUUCAGCUGUGAGCUGGCACAGAGGGCUGCCGUGCGAGAAUCCCCACCUGUGUCUGUCCAGUGAGCAGUUAGAACAGCAGAAGGACUAACAGAGCAGGCAGCCCAGAGAUGUCUGCAUCAGUGGAACCAGGAACCCCGGAUUCUUCCAGGGACACCCCCGAGCAGCUACUGAGGCCUCGGGCUCCAAGCCGAGCCUGUCACCAGCGCCAGCAGCGUCCACUCCCAAGCAGGGCUGUGGACACAUCACAAACCUCACUCCUGGCCAGAAGCGACCCCAGGCUUUGCCCAGAGCCGGGCACCUGCGUGUAGCACGUCCACUCCUGCUGCAGCCUGAGGGGAGCUCCCGUGGCAGGGCAGCACCAGCAUCGGCCAGCGGGCGAGACGCUGCCCAGCAGAGACGGCCAGGCCGCAGCCUGCACUUGAGUCCCAGCAGCCACCCCGGCCCGCAACCACAGGCCUGGGCACCCUGGAGCCGCGGUCGUUGCUCUGUCAUUGGGGUUGACCACGGUCAGCAAGCCGAGGAGUAAAA